AUGGUGAUGAAAAAGAUGAGGAAAGUUCAAUCAAUCAACAAGACGAGGAAUGAUAAUCAACCAGUAGGUGACAUAGUGGAAGAAACCCCAAACAGAAGCUUGGAGACGAGAAUAGAUAUUCCAGACAUGCAGGAAUUAUCAGUGACACAAGUGCAAGAAAUGAGGGACAAUAGGGAAGAUGACAAUUUGGAGGGGAACAUGCUAAGUGCGGCGAGGAAUGGAGAUUUGUCACCAAGACAAAUUGAUAACAUGAAGAGUGGAAAGAAGAAAACCAUACCUCUUCAAGUCAAAACAAGGAGUAAUAAGGAUAAACCGGAGGAUGAGCGAAAAGUUGAGAUAAUUAUGGACUCAGUUCAGCAGGUUACUUUGAGGGUAAAGCUUAAUAACAAAGAGUUUUAUCUCACAGUGGUGUAUGCCAGGUGUAGUGUGAUAGAGAGGCUGGAAUUGUGGGAUGCUAUUGAAAAGGUGGCUGAACAAUCACAUAAACCAUGGUUGAUAGGAGGUGAUUUUAAUGUGAUUCUAAAUGAAGAAGAAAAACAAGGUGGCUUGCCAUUCAUGCAAUCGGAGGCGAUAGACUUUGCUCAAUGUAUAAACAAUUGUGGGCUAGUUGAAUUGAAGUACUCAGAAGUCCAUCAUUUAACCAGAAGAGGGUCAGAUCACGCACCACUACAUGUGAUAUGCAGUACAGAGGAGGAACCCUGUGUGAAGCCAUUUAGGUUUUUGAACUUUUGGACAAAGCAUCAUCAAGGGGCUGAUAGAAGCAAACUGGAAGGCGGACUUCGUGGGGAAGCUCAGCUGGUGAUACAUCCUUUGGAAAGCAAUAGGUCGAGUUUGAAAAAGGCUGAGGCGGAAUUAAAAAAAUAUUGGCAUAUUGAGGAAGAAUAUUGGAAGCAGAAAUCUGGAAUGAGGUGGUUCAAAGACGGAGAUAGAAAUAAUAAAUUCUUUCAUAACUUUGUGAAAGCGAGAAGAGAGAGAUUGAGGAUUCAUGACAUGCAAAAAACCCAAGAUGGUGAUACUAUUACGUCCACGAAGGAAAUAGGGGCUGCGACAGUGGCUUACUUCGAAGAGCAAUUCAGGGAAGAUAGUUGCAAUGAAGAUUAUGGCCUGUUACAGGAAUGUUGGGAUAUUCUUAAGGAGGAUGUAACAAAUAUGGUGAGGGAGUUUUUUAGUGCUCAGCACUUGCCUAGAUUCAUUACCCAUAUGAAUUUGAUACUGAUCCCAAAGAAGGAAAAAGUCAAAACUUUUGGAGAUCUUAGGCUGAUCAGUCUGAGCACCUUUGUAAAUAAAAUAAUUUCAAGAAUGUUACAUGAGAGGCUGAUAAAGUGUCUACCACUCAUCAUCUCGAGAAACCAGCCAGAUUUUGUGAAAGGAAGAAAUAUCACUGAGAAUGUGCUUCUGGCCCAAGAAAUAAUUAGAGAUAUAAAAUUGAGAAGCAAAGACCCCAAUGUGGUGGUAAAACUGGACAUGGCAAAGACGUAUGAUAGAGUGUCGUGA